AUGAAAGACGGCAUAAUCAAAUUUGAGGGAUGCGAUGCGCCCGAGAGAGAACGUGAUUCUCUCUACUUUGGGACAUUUCUCCUUCGACUUAACCGCGCAGCCGAUGCAACUGGCGGAGGCAGUAUCCCCUACAGUGGAUAUCAGCGCGCCUUGCAACUUUAUGGAAACGAGAACGCCUUCGAUUUGAGUCAUGCGCAGAGGCGUAAUCUUCUGGAUUGCAAGAACCUGGAGAUGAACCGAUCGAUUGCUCGAAAGGCCGGCUACGACCCUGACGCAGGCAGAAGUGCGCCAUGGGCAGGAGUGUACUUCUCCGGCAGACAUAUCCUCACAUACCCCGGUCCCAUCAAUACUCCCUUUGAGCAAUCUGGUCAAAGCCAGUCUACAGCAGCUUGCGAGACCCCCAUGGUGGAAGAGGAUCUCACGACAUUCCCUGGUUGUGGAACAACCGUGGUUCUCGCACGCACCACUGAAGAUCAGCUUGUGAAGCUACAUGAAGACCAGCUUGCGAAGCUGCAUGAUCUCAUCACCGGCUCGCCCAUCAAGCCACACUCUACCUUAUAUGCUGGGCUUCCUCUUCUACCCAGCACGGACAACAAUGACCAUGAACUCCACGAGCACCACGGGGACCACAAGGACAACAAGCCGAUCACUCUUCGAGGUAUGAGUGGAAGCCGUGUACCAACAGCCAACAAGUUUGCAAGCACUUGCGUUGGCGGCAUGGAAAUGGCUGUCGUUGUCACCGAAUUGCUUGAACGCGUUGUCAAUGAAGACUUCAACAAUGAAUGGAAAAAGACCAUUACGGAGACACUCGAUUAUAUCGGAGGGUCGGAAAAUAUGUACGCUUUCCUUGAUGUCAUGUACAAGCAGUUCCCCAAGAAGGUAGAAGCUUCCCCAGCCUCUACUAUUGGCUGCCGUCUACGUGGCUCAAAUUGA